UACGCUUCCUGCUUCUCUCAGAGCAGCGCGAGACCACACGGAGCUUGUCACGCGCGAUGUCUGCCGCAGAGUGGAAGCAGAAAUGCGAGGCGGAGUGGGGUCUCCAGGGCGCCCCGAUGCCCGACGCUGUGGACUGGAAGUCCGUGUAUGAAGCCAAGCCGCUGGGACGGAACCUGCUGAAGAACCCGGCUCCUAUCGGGUUUAGUAAGGACACCCCUCCGCCUGAGCGUGAGUACCCAGAUGCGCCUCCACAUGGACCUCCCCGCUUUCAGCCCGAAGGUGACUUUGCUGGCUGGACCACGAACACAGAGGUCCUGCCUUACGACACCAGCGGCAUCCCAGAGGGCGUUGUGGUCUGUGCGUUGCCGCAGUACAGCUGGUUCACCUUGGAGCAGGUUGUGGACCUGAAGGCAGAGGGACUGUGGGAUGAGCUGCUGGAUAAGUUUCAGCCUGAAAUAGUCAUUCAAGAUUGGUAUGAGGAAAGUCAGGUGCACGACUACAUCUACCAGCUGCAUGUAAAGCUGCUGGCUGCAGACAAAACAACAGUCAUCUCAGAGCACACAGCUAAGCCCACAGAGAACCUGAGUGUUUACUCCCACAACUGGAAGGAGGUGUCUCACGUGUUCUCCAGCUACGGACCCGGUGUGAGGUUCGUCCACUUCCAGCACAGACUGAAGAACAGCUUCUUAAAUGACUUCUUCCCCACACGCUUCACUGGCAGCUCUGUCAUUGUGAAGCCACUCAAAAGCAGUUCAUAGGCUUAAGCUUCUAACGGAAAAGUAGCUGCUCAAUUAGGUCAGCUUUGGAAAAAACAUAAUAAAAUGUUGCACUACACCAAUCAAUCUUA